AUGUUCACGUUAAAGAAGAAAAAUGAUGAAGAAUGUGGUUUCAAUUUUUUUCUCCUCUCUGUUACCCAACAUACGCAACUGCAAGUAACUUCUUCUUCUUCCGUCCUGCAACUCUUCUCGCCAAGGUCCGAACUCUUCUCUCUGCCGUCUGAGGUGAACUCUUCUCUCUGCCUUCCGGGGCUGAACUGUUCUGCUUGUUUGGCCUGCAACUUUAUUGCCUGUCUGGCCUGCAGCUCUUCUGCUGGUCUGGCCUGCAGCUCUUCUUAUCUUUUGCAAUUCUUCUGCCUGCAGCCUCAGCUCUUCUGCCUAUCUGGCCUGCAAUUCUUCGGCCUGUCUGGCCUGCAGCUCUUCUGCCUAUCUGGCCUGCAAUUCUUCGGCCUAUCUAUCUAUUUGAUGCAAUAUAUCUCUAUAUCUAAACCAUUUCUGUUCAUAUCUAUCUAUCUAUCUAUCUAUCUAUCUAUCUCAGAAUCUCAGUCUGUUCACAUCGAAAGGUAA